UGGCUAUGUUCGAGUGUGGAGUAUAAUAAGUGGCUAUGAUGAGGAGGAUGGAUUGACCCUCAUUUGGUGAGAUGUAAUGUUCAGGGAGUUUACGGUUCCAGUUCAUAUGAUCCAAUGGAGAAAGUCUCUUGGUCCCUUUCUCGUAGGUGAAGAACAAUGUCACUCUGGCUCACACCUUCUGGUACUGUUGGUGGCCGGUGAUGUGCUCAAUGUAGAUGUCCCUGGACCAUUGGAUGGUGUCUGAGACCAUGUGCUUAGGUCAAGUAAUGAGCAUGUUGUAAAGACCAACUGAGGGAGGGACGGGCAGGCAGAUAACCCUUUUUGCUAUUUGGGAAGGUAAAGGAUGGUUGUGUAGCUAACGAAUGAGAGUCAGAAUUCCUGAGUCCACUUGCCAGCUCUGACCAUCCUCUCACUGUGCCUCAGUUUCUCCAAUCUAUAAAUGGCAAUAAUGAUACUUCCCCAACUCUCAGAAGGGGCUGCGAGGACAAAUUCAUUAAUGGCUAGAAGUUGCUAUGUACAGUACUUUACUAUGGGCCUGAUUCUGAUCUGUCUCCACAUUUGCCAGGGUGCGACUCUAGUGACUUUGGAGGAAAUCUUCCCUAUUUACACUGGAUUAUGCAAGCUCAGAAUCAGGCCCUAUGUAACCCCAAAAUUUAACGUAAUUGCAGUCAGCUCUUUUAUGUGUCCAGCCACUGCUAGCUGCAAACCAAAUGCCACCUACCUAGAAAUAAUCUUAAGGAUUUCAAAAGGCAGGGAUAAACAGCUGCAUGUUUUGUAAUUUGAGUUUUGCUAAUCAGAAUAGAAGGAAUGUUUAGACAGGCGACCUUGGGUUUAACUGCCCCUAACAUAUACAUUUUAUUGUUGUUAUAACUAGAAAUGCUUUGAUAAUAAAAAAUAUGUCAUUUGCUAAAAUUUAAAACAAUUAGUCACUCAGUAGGGGUUACUCUAAUAACCCACUAAAAGUGACGUGCUUUGUUUAAGAUAGCUAUAAAAAAAUUAAGUUAAAGUAAAUACCAGAGAGGAGGCCGAGGGAGCUUUUUCUCGGGCAAGAAGCUGACUCCCCAGCAGGAAGGCAACUGGCCAUCGACAACCUGCUGUCACCACCUCUAAACCAUGUCAGACUUUGGAAACUAUGUCUUGGAAUGCUCUAAACCCGUUGCUGUAAUAUAAGUUUGUGUGUGCGUGCGCUUAAAGCUUAAUAAAAGGUCGUUUUAAGUACCGUGAAAGCAUUCUGGUUUGUAUCAAUCAUGUAUCAGACAGAAAAAUGGUGUCUCCGUUGAUUUAUUCCUGGGAAAAAGCCAGUUAAAUAACGACUGCUUUGUGUUCUGAAACCCUGAGUAACAGACUGGCAAACAAAUUGUCAGAAGUUGUGGUGUGGAAGGACAAGAUUGAUAUAAACAGUUUGUUUGUUUGCAUACGCAAGGCACUAUCAUUAGCUUGGCCAAUUUGUAGCAUGCAUCUGAUUUGUCAAAGAUUUCUUUGUCCUUAGUCCUCAGAUUCCAGUGCAAUUGCAUCAGACACCAUGUUCCAGAGCAAAGUCAGCUCCUUUGAGGACAACCUUGUAGGAGGGAUUGCCAUGUAACAGCAGAGCAGAUUACAAAUUCCGGCCUGUUACGAAAGGUAGCAUCUGAACAGGCCAGCUCGCUGCGCACGGGGCAGAAGUUGACGGCCCUUGGGACGCUGCACUCAUCCUUCAGGCUCUCUUUGUUCAUUCCCCCAAGGCUUUGGGGAGGAUGAUCCCACCUGGGAAAGCGCUUUGUGCUGCUGGGAUGAUAGUUGGGCUCCUGGCUUUCUUCUGGAGAGACACCUUUAAUCCAGACAGCAUCUCUGGUGCCCGAGUUCUCCUGACCGGAGCCAGCACUGGGAUUGGAGAGCAGAUGGCAUAUCAUUACUCCAGGUUUGGUGCUGAAAUAGUUCUGACUGCCAGGAGGGGAACCCUGCUGCAGAAAGUGAUGGAGAAAUGCCUGCAGCUGGGAGCAAAGAAAGUCUUUUACAUCCAGGCCGAUAUGUCUUCCCCUCAAGCCCCGGAAGAGGUGAUGCAUUUUGCUUUGCAAAAACUGGUGGGACUGGAUCACCUGGUGCUGAACCACAUUGGCGGGACCCCUUUCCGGAUGUGGGACGGAGACGUGGAACACACCCGCUGGCUCAUGCAGGUGAAUUUCCUGAGUUACGUGGCUUUGGCAUCUGCAGCUCUUCCCAUCCUGGCUGAGAGUAAAGGAUCUCUGAUUGUGGUUUCUUCCCUCACAGGGAAAAUCUCAACUCCCUUCACAACCUCUUACUCUGCCACCAAGUUUGCUCUGGACGGAUUCUUUAGCUCCCUGCGCCAUGAGCUUGCCAUGCAGAAGCAAGAUGUGUGCAUCACACUCUGCAUCUUGGGGCUGAUCGACACCGAAAUGGCUUUGGAGAAGACGAGGGGCAAGGUGUACAUGAGCGCCUAUCCUGCUUCUGAAGCUGCGCUGACCAUCAUCAAAGGCGGAGCCACCAGGGCACGGGAGGUGUUCUACCCCUGGUGGCUGGAGCUGCUGUGCUGCCUGCGGGAUUGGUUCCCCAACCAGAGGGAUGUCGUUAUACAGAGCUUCUAUAACUACACCAGCGCCUGAGGGACGCAGAGCCGCCAUUCGCUUUGCUCUGCAAAUACAGGCACAAGGCCCUCGCCUCCUGCUGAGGUGAAGAUCAGCCAUUGGCUUCCGUCCGACCAGCAUUUGGACCUGGAACAAGAAAUGUCAGGAAAUUCUUGGCUAAGGGUCCAGUAGCAGCCUUAGCUCUGACCCCUCCUCUGUCCCCAUCAACCUUAGCUCUGACCCCUCCUCCAUGCGUAUCAGUGUCUGACCCUUCCUUCCUCCCCAUCAACCAGUCUCUGACCCUUCUUCCAUCACCAUCAACCUUAGCUCUGAUCCCUCCUAUGUCUAUCAACCUUAACUCUGACCCUCCUUCCAUCCUUAUGAACAUCUGACUGCUCCUCCCUUCCCAUCAACCUUAACUAUGACCCCUACUCUGUCCCCAUCAACCAUAACUCUUUAUCCAUUCUGCUCCCUGUCUAUAUUCCAUGCAUGCUCCAAAGACCUUACACUGUUGUCUGAUCGACGCUGCCUCAGCUUCUCAUACUCCUGCCCCUUGCCACGUUGACUCCAUCCUCUGUGACCUCACCCAUCCAUUCACAUGGGCUGGAGUCUCCCCUCUGCCCCAGCCCACGAUGUCCCAGGGCUACGGAGAAAGACUCCCCACUUCUCCGAUGCAGGAUAGAAACCAUCCUCCCAGCUGUGUCACCCCCACCUCAAAGACAAUCCCCUCUCCCCCGUAGGAGGCAGACCUCCCCAGUGGGAUAAAGCCUUGAGUGCCUCCCACCACAUUUCCAAGGGCUCAGGGCCUGGGAUUGGCGAGCAGGGGGCUUGGACACCUUUCAGGAGCGAUAUAUGUUCACCGUAAAAGGUGGACGAUGGCCCCUUCCCCAACCCCAGGCCAGCUCCAUUCAGCCUCUUCUCCCCUUUCCCUACUUAGCCAAUAAGACGUGGGUGCUAGUCCGGGUGUCCCCUCCCAUGGGUGCUACUUCAGGGGGCCCCCUUCCCCUCUUGUCCAAUAAGACAUGGGUGCUAACCCAGAAGUCCCCCCUGUGUGUGAGUCAAGUGGUUCCCCUUGCUAUCACUGAGCAAGGAGAGAGUGGGGUGCUCCACUCGGUGCUUGGAGGUUUCUCCGCUCCCUGGUUGGCCAGAGCAACAGGCAGAGAUGAUGCUCCCAGAUCCUGCCCCCUGCUGGCUGGUAAUGAAAGGGAGUGUGGAAGAACCAGUAUGCGCCCAACGUGUGACCACAUCCUUCCGGCGGGGUCCAGGGAGCACAUCCUUCCCAGCUGCGCUCUAAGAUCCUUACCCAAACUCACGUGGAGUCAAUGGGAUCAGGGCCCAAUGGCCUGAUUGUCAGCAGCACCAGCCCCCCACAGCUGCUAUGGAAUCCAGUGGAUUUUGUGGGUGAUCCACCUUUCUGUAAAUCGGGCUAUACUAAGACCUGUGCAAAGCUAAUUUGAAUGGGGCAAGGCAGCUUGGUCACCACAAGGUGGCAGUAAUUAGCAGCACAGAACCCAUGUUGUGACCAAGGACAGUUCAGUGGCUUUCACCAGGGCACGGGGCUGAAUACGAUUCAGGGAAACUCAGGGAAUUCACAUAGUGCUUCUAGUCUGGCAGCGUAACGAUAGCAGUGAACUGGGCCUCAGAAGGGUCUAGCCCUCAGACCAGUGUUGGGCCUGGUGUUUAUAGCUCAGGUAACUGACAAUGCACAAGUAAUGGUCGUGCAAUAAACGAGUUGUUCUCUUGUGA